CAGGGACAGUGGCGCUUCAGGCUAAGUUCGGGUUGAGGUUCUGGAAGGAUGAGAGUGCUGGUACUUCUGGCCGCAGUGGGCGCCACGUGCGCAGCGCCGGCCAUUGUCACGCCCGUCUCGGCCUCCGUGGUCGCCCCGCCCACCGCCGCCCACGUCGCCGUGCCCUACGUGCCGCCCGUCACCUACAUCUCGCGCCACCACGCCCAGGACGAGCUCGGGCGGGUCAUCUACGGCUACUCGUACCCGGGGCAGUUCCAGAAUGAGGCCCGCGACGCCCUCGGCAACGUCGCCGGCACCUUCUCCUACGUGGACGCCGACGGCAAGACGGUCCUCGCGCAGUACACGGCGGGCGUGGGCGGCUUCAGGGUCAGGGCCAACCACCUCCCCGUCGCGGAGGCUCAGGCGUUCAGCCGCCCCGACCCCAUCAAGGACACGCCCGAGGUCACGGCCGCCAAGCUGCAGUUCGUGGAUCUGUACAACGCCGCGGCCCUCGCCGCCGCCGAGGCUCCCGACGAAGGCGAGAGCGAAGUCGUUGCCGGCCUGGACGACCAAGGGCACGUGGUCGUGGAGGUUCCAGCGAAGAGCCUCCCCAACCCCGUGAGGGACACGCCCGAGGUCACAGCAGCGAAGAUACAGUUCGUGAAUCUGUUCAACGCCGCGGCUAUCGCUGCCGCCGAGGCUCCCGACGAAGGCGAGAGCGAAGUCGUUGCUGGCCUGGAUGACCAAGGGCACGUGGUCGUUGAGGCUCGCACUGACCUUGAUCCUCAGGGGUCCCCCGACCCGGUCGCCAUUUCAGCUGACGCAGACACUGAAGGCAGCGAGAAUGAAGUUGUGUCCGCGACGGCUGGCGAAUCCCUGGGCAAAGCGGCCGAUGCCGAGACAGCAGCAACUGACACGCAGGUCGCCGCGGUGCCGGCGCUGGGUCUCCCUAAGCCCGUCAAGGAUACCCCGGAAGUCACGGACGCCAAAAUCAAGUUCAUGAACUUGUACAACGCGGCGGCCAUCGCAGCGGCAGCCGCUCCCGAUGACGUCGUUGGCGAUGCAGCGGCAACUGACGGCGCCGCCCCAGUCGCCGACGCCCGCGAGGAAGUAGAUUCCGAGACGAGCGCCACCGGCUCCCCCGCUGAGGCCGCGGAGGCCGUGACCGAGUUGGGCUCCGACGCCGACCAGAACACAGAGGCCCCCGAGGCAGCAACGGCAGACGAAGGUGUUACGGAAAUCUCGCUCGUCGGCGAAUCGAUUCCAGAAGCGGAGGCGAGUGAAGGGAGUCACAAGGAUAUCGCUGAAGCCGCAGAAGCGAGCGAAGUGAAUCACAAUGAAAUCUCUGAAGCAGCCGAGGCAGAAGGCGAAGCCGUGCCAGCCGACCCCCAGCCGACGAACGACGGGGGUUCGUCUCAGACUCCCGCUGCUGCCAAAUCAGCGCAGGUCCCUUCGCCGACCCUGGUCACCGAGGCGGCGGAGGACGCCGUUCCCCCGCAGCAGAGCCUCGUGUCCCUCAGAACUGGGCAGGACGUGCCCGUCUCGAACAGCAUCGACCUCGCCGGCCCUGAGGAGGACGUGGCCCCGCCGGUGGCCCUGGCCUCACAGCUGGUGUUCUCCCCGCACGGCCACAACGCCCUUGGCCCCUGGUACAUCUUCGGCUUCGCUCGCGGCGCCCACGGCUCCCUCGUCCCGAUGCUCUCCCAGCAUCCCGUGACCGACACUCAGGGGGCAGUAUCCCUUAGGCCGCUCUCCUAUUACCACACACCCGUGGGCGCCUCUAGGUACGCCUUCCACUACGCCCCUCGCUUCGCCCAGCUCGCCCCACUUUGAAGGGCCGGGCGUCGAGUGCGGCCCCCGACGCCUGCCAUUAGGACUGGCUACGAAUCUUUGUUCCGAGUAUUGUAAGCUUUGUAGAAACCGCUUCAGUUGAAUAAAACUUGUUACCAGCA